AUGCCUCAUAAUGGCAUCUCCAAGAUCAGCUCCUGCCCUCUGAAUGCAUCUCGAGGACCCAAAUAUGCUCAAGUCAGCUUCUAUUCGCCUGGCUCCAGCUUCCUCCUGGUGGCCUCAGAGGUUUACAUGUUCCUAAAGUUGGCCAAUUUUGGCCCAGGUCCUGCCAUCCUGGUGGCCUCUCUGGUUGCAAAACCUCCUCACUUUGGCCCCUCCAGGCCGGAAGCCGAGCGGCAGAGCGGGCGGUCUGGCUUUCGGGCCAGCGGCGGACUGCGUGGCUGUGUGGCCGCGCGCUGGCGCUGCAGGGAGGGAUGCUGUGCCCCUGGGAGAGCCCGUCGCGGGAGCGCAAGGAGCUGGACAGACUCUGGAGCUUCCACGCUGACUUCUCGGACGACCGGCGCCAGGGCUUCCAGGAGCAGUGGUAGCGGCUGCUGCUGCGCUGAGUUCCUGUUCUGGGCUUCAUUCUGCAUGACCCAUCUCAGCAGGAGGGCCAGGGACCUCAUCCUCUAUGGCACCAAGGAAUUCAGCUUCCUGCAGCUCUCAGAUGCCUACAGGUUAUCACCUAACAGCAAUAAACCUCACAUGCACAGCUUUGGGAUGUUGGAUAAACCUGUGCCCAGGCAGACGUGGGGAACCCAACUCCAUGCAGACAGCAGCCCUGCCUGGAAUCGAUUUUCUUUAUCAAUGUUAGAAAUGACAUUUGAAGAAAAUAAUUUUUAUUUGGGCACCUGA